AUGAUGCAUUUUUCAUCUUGGGACAUUAAGCAGAUUUGUGGACACAAGAAUGUUGGCUGGACUUUACAACAAUCUGUAGGGAACUCGGGUGGUAUGUUAAUCCUUUGGGAUAGAGAUUUUGUGGAAGUUACUGACUCACUCGUUGGUGAUUAUACUCUUUCAAUGCUCUGUACAAACAAGAUUCACAACUUUGAGUGGGUUCUCACGAAUGUUUAUGGGCCGAACAAACCUGUUGAGCGAACUAAUUUUUGGAUUGAGCUUGAUAAUAUUUGUAGAUAUUGGAUCAAUCUUCCUUGGUGUAUUGGUGGCGACUUCAACAAAAUAACAAAGUGUGCUGAGAAGAAGAAUUGCAAGAAGAUUACAAGAAGUAUGCAUAACUUCAACCAUUUCAUAGUUGAACAUGACCUGAUUGACCUGCCUCUAAAGGGAGGAAGAUACACUUGGUCAAAUGGUCAAGCAAACCUGGUAAUGUGCAGAUUCGACAGGUUUCUUAUAUCCCCAUCCUUUGAACAACACUUGUCAUUUGUUACCCAAUUAUCCAAAGCCAGACCCACCUAUGAUCACAUCCCACUCCUUUUAGAUAUUUCUGACCCAUCAUGGGGACCUAGUCCUUUUAGGUUUGAAGUUAUGUGGUUCUUGGAGAAUGUAUUCUUACAAUUAUUAGAAUAUUGGUGGAUUUCUUUUUGUUUUGCAGGUACUCCUAGCACUGUGCUAUGGUUGAAGUUAAAAGUACUUAAAGAGAAGCUAAAAAUCUGGAACAAAGAGGUAUUUGGUCACACCAACACGAGGCUGAAUGCUAUUCUCUCUAAUAUUCAAACACUUGAUGGACUUUCGGAAGAUAAUAUUCUUAAUGAAGAGGAGCGGAUUAUGCAAUUUCAGAACAAAGUGGAGUUUGAGAAGAUUUCAAAGAUGGAGGAAACUUCAUUGAAAAUCAAAUCAAAUACUAAAUGGUUACAAGAAGGAGAUAGGAACACAUCAUUCUUCAUCAGUAACACAUCUGCUAGAAGAAGAUACAACAAAAUCAGACAACUUUACAUUGGUGAUAAAUUGGUUUCUGACAGAGGAAGGCUUGAAGAUCAUAUAGUGGAGUACUAUAAAACACUAUUUACUGAAGAAGAAGUUAUAAGACCUGAUUUAGAGGGGAUUGAAUUUGAUUCUAUCACCUACACGGAAGCUUCUAUUUUAGAAGCUAAUUUUAAUGAAGAAGAAGUUUUGCAUGCUACAGUGACUUAG